AAGCGGCGAGGCAGUGAGGGAGCGAGCGCCUGUUUCCGGGUUGCAGUGCUCACUGCCUCCGCCCUGUCUGUGAAUCCUGCAAGGAAAGGAGGCCGUGUCCAGGGGAGGCGGAGGGAGGUUGUGUUUAGUGUUACCGACCGAGUACCAGUCGCCCCUGCUCUCUGCCCUGUCUGUACCGGCUCCCGGUGUGUGCAGCUCAGCGAGCGGAGAUGCCUUACGAACUGAGCAAAGUGUUUGCUAGCCUCCCUCAAGUGGAAAGAGGUGUUUCAAAGGUCCUUGGAGGUGAUCCGAAAGGAAUCAACUUUCUUUAUACCAAUAACAAAAGUGUCAUCAUAAGGAACAUUGAUAAUCCAGAAAUUGCUGAUGUAUACACUGAGCAUGCUCAUCAAGUUCAGGUUGCCCAAUAUGCACCUAGUGGAUUUUACAUAGCCUCAGGAGAUGUUUCUGGAAAAAUUCGAAUUUGGGAUACUACCCAGAAGGACCACCUAAUGAAGUAUGAGUACCAACCCUUUGCAGGAGUAAUCAAAGAUAUUUGUUGGUCUGGGGAUAGUCAAAAAGUUGCGGUUGCUGGAAAAGGAAAAGAAAUAUAUGGAGCAGUCUUCCAAUGGGACACAGGAACUUCUGUUGGAUCGCUUACCGGCCACAGCAAAGUUGUAAACAGCAUAGCUUUUAAGCCAAAUCGACCUUUCCGAGUUGUGACUGGCAGUGACGAUUACAGCUGCGUGUUCUUUGAAGCACUUCCUUUGAAAUUCAAGUUUACAAUUAAUAACCAUUCAAGGUUUGUUAAUUGUGUGCGAUAUUCGCCUGAUGGGACCAAGUUUGCUUCAGCUGGUGCAGAUGGGCAGAUUUUUGUCUAUGAUGGGAAGGACGGAAGCCAGUUAUGUGGCCUUGGAGGUGACAGCGCCCACAAUGGAGGUGUAUAUGCUAUUAGUUGGAGCCCUGAUAGUAAACACCUACUUUCUGCUUCUGGUGAUAAGACUGUUAAACUAUGGGAUGUUGAAGCCAACACUGCAGUGACAACAUUCACUAUGGGCUCUGAUGUACUGGACCAACAAUUGGGAUGCUUGUGGCAGAAGAAUCAUCUGCUGAGUAUUUCACUUUCUGGCUAUAUCAACUAUCUGGAUAAAGCAAAUCCCAGCAAGCCUCUCCGUGUUCUCAAGGGGCACAGCAAAUCAAUUCAGUCCUUGACUGUUCACACCUGUGAUGGGCGGCAUUCCAUCUUCUCUGGCAGCCAUGAUGGCCAUAUCAAUGAUUGGAUUGCUCAAACCGGAGAGAAUGAUACUUUUGCAGGGAAAGGACAUACGAACCAGGUUUCAUCUAUGGCGAUCAAUGAAUCAAAUGAGCUUGUCAGUUGUGGUAUGGAUGAUACUGUGCGUUUCACAAAUUUGAUCAAGAAAGAAUACAAUGCCCAAGACACAUUAAAGAUGGAUACCCAACCCAAGAAUGUAGCAGUUGGUCCUGGUGGCUAUACAGUGGUCACUUGCAUUGGGCAGAUUGUGCUACUAAAGGACAAGAAGAAAAUUUUUAUGAUUGAGAACCUUGAUUAUGAACCGGAAUGUGUAGCAGUUCAUCCUGGAGGGGUAAAUGUGGCCGUGGGAGGAAAUGAUUCCAAAGUGCAUCUGUAUUCUAUUCAAGGAACUACACUGCAAAAAGAUUGUGUUUUGGCUUCAGGGCAUUUGGCAGAAGUGACUGCUAUGGCUUAUUCGCUUGAUGGUGCGGCCCUUGCUGUCUGUUCUACAAAUAAAGCCAUAACAGUAUUUACUGUUGCAGAUGGAUAUAAGGAGGGAAAUAGCUUCUAUGGACAUCACGCUAAAGUUCUCUGCAUAGCAUGGUCUCCAGACAAUCAACAUUUUGCAACUGGUGGGAUGGAUGGAUUAGUCUGUAUCUGGACCCUGAAUGAUCGAAAUAAAAUAUUCAAAAUACCAGAUACCCAUCGAUUAUAUCACAUUAGCUGUGUCGCUUGGUUGGAUGAACACACUCUGGUGACAACUUCCCAUGAUGCUUGUGUAAAGCAGUGGACCAUCACCUUCAACUGAACACGAAUUGCUGUUUUUGGGGAGGCACAUAGAAUUUCAGGGACUAGGGUGCUGCUGUAGAAAUUUAGCAUUGAGCGGAAUAUUUCUUUAUUGCCCAUUGGGCCUCAUAUCACAAUCCUAGUUCACCUUGUAUUCAUAUCUAAUAUACUGUGUUUGGAAAGCUUUAGCAGAAAACAAAUUGCACGUGAAAAGCACUUGUUAACCUAAUCUCUGGAGCUUAACCUCGUACGUUCAACAUUCCAGAGGCAACAGCCUUAUUUCUAUUUCCUAUAAAGCCCUAUAUGCAGCUUUUUUUUUUGUUUAAGUCCAGAUCUAUGAAGUUGUAUUGAGUUGAAUCAAGACACUCAACUACAACUAGAGAAUAUUUCUGUACAGUGACAAAAAUUCUUGGAAAAUUGUGAUCUGAAUUGAUGUAAGUGCAGCUACUGUAUAUUGUACAUGUUAUUUCUUUGCUUUAGAAAUCUGUACUGCACAAUUGUUGCCUCAGACUUUCUCCAGAUGAUCAGAAAAGUACCUAAUAAAUUUUUAAUGCUUUAAAAAUUCAA